CAAAUGAAACAGCAGAUGUUAAAUUCAUCAAGUGAGGCGGAUAAGGUAUUUGUUUUAUUUCAUCUUUUCUUUUCCUUUCAUUUGUAAUUAAGAAUCAAGUUUAUUCACAUUUUUGUUGUUUUUUUUUUCUUUUUUUUUUCUAUUAGAUAUAUACUAAGAUACUCUCUUUAUCUCUCUGUUUGUUUUAAGGAUCUACUAAUUCUUCGUAACUCAAAGUUCUCCAUAAUCCUUCAAAAGUUUGAAUCGGGUUACCGUUUCUAUCUUCUACUCGUCACCUAAUCAGAAUGUGUGCUGAACAAAUUCAAACAGCGGCGUUCGGUUUCGGGUUUACUGUUCGCGGCUCACUACUACAUCGGCUUCUACUAAGAGUACGAGUAACAAUUCAGCGGUCCUGUACUUUCCUCCCACCACCAUAUUGUUCCAGUAUGGAUGGGCUGGGCGCUUCCUGUCUCGCGGGGUUAGCGCAAGAUGCGAUAGAAAUUUAUUGUAACUACUACUUUUUUUCGAGAACGCCGCCAGCUUCUGGUUUCUGAUGUUUUGCAAGUUAAAAUUAUCGGAACCUCCUACAGGUCAACUGGUUUUCAUUCAGAUACUUUUUUGUGUUGUUGUUGUUGCAAAUAGAUUAACUUCUCUUUCUCUAUGUAGCUUAUAUCAUACAGAUCUCUAUAGGUAUUUACAGGAUACUUGCGGGUCAUCUGGGUCUUCUGGGUUAGGGGACUUAGUAAUUUGAUUACUUCCUGUGUGAUAGUUAUAAAAAAGUGUUACUGGUUUACUCUCCGGUAGAUUUAGGUUAUAUUAGUUAGUUAGGUUGGUUUUCUUACUACCACCUGUCUGCAGUAUGUCGGUUCAAGUGUUUUUGAAACAAUUUAGAAAACAAGGCUCGUAGGUAUUCCAAUUCGUAGUUUGUAGUCGCAUAAGGUUCAAUGAGGAAGGAAACGUUCUUCUAUGACAAGAACCAUUCUAAGGCAUUGCGCGUUCUAAAAAGUAUGUUUUCUGCUAAACGAUUGAUAAUGCAUAAAUUCCUAGGAUGCCGAUUGACUGAAUCAUAUUGAACGAUUUGUACUCACUAAAUGGAUGCUAGUGAUGGUUAUUAAUUAGAAUUUAGCGUUUUCGCAGUUUUUGGUUUUACUUUGUGGACUAAGUUUAUGAUUGUAGAAUCAUCAUCUGAACCAAAUAAUAUUUAUGAACUCCUGUUGGGGAAGGUGUAUUUGUAGACAUGAAUCACUAUCGUGUGUGGGCAAGUGUGUAAGAUAUGUGGAUACUUUGUGUUGAAUGUUUGCAGUGGUAGAUAAGCAGGUUCGAAUGCACUUUUUUUAUUUUUGUAGAUGCAAGCGGUCGGACAAGGCUUUGGUCAUUUAUUCCAAGAACUUGGAAAACUUCCCUGGCGUGAAUGUGGAGGAAAUUUUUGGGGGUAUUUCAGUUGAAUUCCAGAAAGCGUGGAUUUGCUGACACCCCAGAGAAAUUGCUUGAGAAUAUCCCGCUGGAGUUUGACACCCAAAACUUCUUCAGAAAUCCUCCCAUAGAUUCUCGCGGAAUUCCUUCCGGCAGGGAUCCCUCGUUUAAUUUACUCUCGAAUUUUUUCAUGGAUUCUUCUUUCUGGUGUCAAGUCUUAACUAGGGCAUAUCCUGCUUCUAAACUUAAUGUUCUAAGAGCACUUCCUUAGCUUUCAACUGGGAGCUUCCAAUGCCAAUGAUCAUUUGCAUUUCAUUGCAGAAUAAAUAAUAACAACAGCAUCACAACGGCUGCAGGUCUUUAUCAAUAGAUGUCUCUGCGGUAUAGCAUUUGGCCUCACAAUUUUAUUUCUAACGUGGAGCUCCUUCGUCGAUGUCUUCAAAAGCCGAUGGCGACAGAAGUUUGGGAGUGAAGAUGGGUCGGACACAUUCUACGCAGGGGUGGAAACGAAAUCUGCAAACAAGCGUUAGAUUGGAGCCUAGCAGGACAUCGCAGCAAAGGCAGAUCCCGACGGAAAUUUGACCUGGCCCACGACCUGGCCACAGGUCAAGGCGAUGGUGGGUAAUCGCCUAAGAUGGAGACCUUUCAAACGGUCCUCUGCGCCACUAUAGGGCACUGCAUGAAAUUCUCUCCUUCCCUUUCACUCCUACAGAAACUUUGUAAACAACAAGGCCAAGAAACGUCAAAAUCCCAUACAAAACCAAAACAGUGCAGUGCCCUAUUGGUGCUCAAAUUCAAUGCUUACUAUGUUAACAUCCCCCCUUAAGUGUGUAUAGGGCACUGCAUGAAAUUCUCUUCUUCUCUUUUACUCUUACAGAAAUUUUGUAAACAACAAGGCCAAGAAACGUCAAAAUCCCAUACAAAAUCAAAACAGUGCAGUGCCCUAUUGGUAUAAAUCCUAAUAAAUAACUUCCCGUCUUCUUGCAUCUGCCUGCUGAAGAUUAGAAGCUACGUGUUUCAGUUCGAACGAUUUCGCCUCCACUUGCCAACGAAGUGGUGUCGCACGUCCAUAUGCUUUGUUCUCUCCGAGUAGUCCAUCUCCUUCUCCCUCAGGCAAAUUGAGCUCUUGUUGUCGCACUUGAUGAUCAAGGACUCGUUGAUACCGUACAGCUCGCGGAUCAACCCUCGCCAGCAGACGGCCUCUUGAGUGACCGUGGAAAGUGCCAUGUAUUCCGCUUGCGUGGUCGAUAAAGCAACAGUUGCUUGUCUUCUAGAACUCCAGGAAACCGCUCCGCCACAAUGCAGAAAUACGUAACCGCUGACAGUUCGCUUCGCCUACGGAUCGUUCGCCCAGUCGGCAUCGCUGUAUCCAGAAAACGCCGGAUCCGCAACUCUCAUUUAAGUCAUUAUUCACUUCUUAGUUCUCUUGAGGUAUCGCAAAAGCCUCUUGGCCGCUGCCAGUGUGAAAGACCCGGAUCGCUGCAGAACGAACUUACCACGCUUACCGCAUGACUGAUGUCUGGCCUCGUGCACUGUGCGAUUAACUGAAGACCUCCAAUCAGCUCGCAAAAUGGAACUUCCUUCAUCCUUUCAUGUUCCCCCGCAUUUCGUGGGCUCAUCGUCUUCAGCAAUCGCUGGUUCGCGUCCAGCGGCACUGGAUUGCAAUCCACCAUAUUCCUCUCGAUGUAUCUCUCCUUCUUCUUCUUCUUCUUCUUCGUUAUGGCUCUACGUCCCCACUGAGUCUUGGCCUGCCUCGCUUCAACUUAGUGUUCUUUGAGCAUUUCCACAGUUACUAUUUGAACGGCUUCCAUUGCGUGCCAUUGCAUGAAUUUGUAUAUUGUGAGGCAAGUACAAUGCCCAGGGAGUCGAGAAAAUUUUCCCGACCGGAACGGGAAUCGAACCAGCCGUCUCCGGAUUGGCGAUCCUGUAACCGGUUGGUUCCAAUCCUUAGGUUUUGUUUUGUAUGAGUGUUUGUGAGAAAAUUCACGUUUUUAAUUAUAAUAAUACGGUAGGCCCCACCCUAUAGCGAGAAACCGUACCGCUGUCAACAAGACAAUGUUGGUAAAGGGAGAUUGAGAGCUCGCAUAAAAAGGUGCCAAUAUGGCAGAUGCUAAAAGGGAAUCGUAAAUGGGAAAGAUUAUGAGUGCUCAUGGGCGCAGUCAUCUUCCAAAAGUUGGAGAUUGGUCAGAAAAUAACCAGGCGUCCGUGUGUUAAGAUCAGUAGUGAAAGUGCGGUAGGAAGUGCUUUUUGAACACCACCUCCCCCCCCCCCUUGUAGGGAAUCGCCACCGCCUCCGUUCAGGUAAAUAGGUCUGGUAUUCGCCUGAUGACCACCCUGACGGAAUCCUCGAAUUUCCUUUUCUAUAGGACCUCGUAUCCGUUUUAAUAGAACGGUCAACACACGGCGGCUCGGAAGUCAACAUGGCUUCCGAGCCUAAUCGUUAAGGAACCGCCAUCGUCCCCUGCAGGACGAUUCCCUCAGGCCGUUGGCCUUAAUCGCCAAGGAGGGACCCUUCUCGGCACGGUCGUUCCAGUAUCGUCCUGGGCCGUGCCGAUUACGCCAAAGAAGGAUGACACCUGAUUGCCCAACAUUAUCCAGCAAUACCCGCUGGUCCCCGUCGGCUGAGGACCGACCCGGUAAACCCGCUAUUCACCGAUCUCAAGCUGCCCCGGCGGCGUAUUCCGGCCACACGGUAUAGUGCAAAAGCAGCCGUGUGAGCCAAAGCGAUGCGGGAAGCUGCAGUAGUGAGUAAAUAGGCCUUAACACAAUUCCACAAGAAAUGUUCACCCACCACACCCACACGACACACUAGGAAUCUUAAUAAAUUGUUAAAAAUGUGAAUCUUCUUUGGUUUUCAUACGUUGUCCGCGAAGCCCCUCCGAUUACCGAGUAGCAUGCCGGCCCUGAGACCCAGCUCGAGGGGUCUCAUGCUACUGAGCUUGUUUCCAGGAGUAAUUGGGAGCCACUGUGGCUGCUGAGCAGCCCUGUAAGUCUCUGUAGUUACAAUCCAUAGCCUUAACCACUAGUCUAACUAGUGACCCCUCUCCUGGAAAUAGCGUCGUCGGUCUUGGUGACACGCAGACCCAAAAUCAGCUGCUUCACAUGGUCGACCGUAUCUUGAUCGUUGGAGAAUAAAAAAGUCGUAGACCGCCCCGAUGAUGAUCUUGCCACUUUCCAUCUUGUAAUAUACGCACGUGUCGUACUUCGAGCGCUUUAGCCGAAUCCGCUUUAGCUUCGGGUCCAUCUUGAUGUUCCAAACUCUGCUGGCUUGUUUGAGGCUAUAAAAGACCUUCUUCAGUCAGCAGACCUUCCUGGGUGCGCCUUCGUUCGGGAAUCCCUCCGGCUGCUCCUCAUCGUUCACAGUGUCCAUCUGAUACACAAUGAGAUCCAGCUACGCAGCCAGCGCAAAGAGGUGACAAGGAGCGGACAACGAGAGAAUACGUCUCGCUGUAGUCCACUCCUUUCACUUGCGAGAAUCCUUUCAUCACAAGUCUUGCUUUGUAAUUUUCGAUGGUGCCGUCUGGAUUGAGUAUGACCUUGAAGACCUACUUGUUCUUCAGCGUUUUCCGUCCUUUCGGAAGAUCCACCAGACACCAUGUCUCGUUCACGUUCAAUGCAUCGAAUUCUGCCUCCAUUGCUUCAAUCCAUCGAUCCCGGUCGUCCCGGCUUAGCGCUUUCUGCAGCGUAUCAGGGUCCUUGGAUACCUGUGGAAUGUAUUCCGGCAAGAGAUGGUGGCCGUUAUCCAACUUGCCUUGGACUGGCCCUCCCACUUACUGUCCCCAGUUGCGUGUUACAUUCCAACAGCUACUUCCUUCGAGUGUGACGGGAGCGCAAGCUGUGCAUUGUGCAAGCUCCCGUGCUGCGAAACUCGUCCUGGUUCGCGUUCAUCUCAUCGUCGAUUCUGGGGUGUUUAAGGCUUUUGAAGCAAGACUGUGAGUAAACUUAUAAUCUGCAUACUGCGCCUCAUCGUAGGAUGCUGAGAAAAAUGCGAGGGGAGCGUAAGCGGUUGUUGCGGAUCCUUUGGCUGUUCUAGCGCAUUGUCCACAGUCAGUAACUACGGCGACCUGUUGAUCGCCAUCCAUGAUUUCUUGCUGAUCAACUCUCGUGAAAACCAUCGGUUCGACGGUCGAAUCGGUCUCCUCCGGUACCGGAACCUCCGCUACCUGACGCUCAUCCAGUAUUACCACAUGCCGACUUUCGAAAAGUUGAUUGUUAUUCGGGUUGAACAUUCGAUUGGCCUUGAAGCACUCUGAAUAAUCGAUCAGGAUACAUGGGUCUGACUUGGGCACGUGAGCCAUUGCUCUUGACCCGAAAAUUCAUAGAUUGGACAGAUCCGGUUUCCGUCCCGUGAACUUCUCGAAAGGGGUAACGGAGAUGCCCUUCGUCGGUGACAGGUUGAUUAAGUGAACGGCCGUCGACCUCGCUUCCGCCGAAAAUCGUUUUUCCAACUUGCCGUUAAACAUCAGAAUUCUCGCUCGCUCCUGAAUCGUCCGGUUCAUGCGCUCAGCCAACCCAUUUUGCUCUGGAUUGUGAGGCUCGGUUGUCGGUUCGCAGAUACUUCAACUUCUUCCCAGUCUGGGUUUCGGAAUAGGCCUUGAACUCCUUGAAUGCCUCGAACACAUCCUGCUUGGCCUUCAGAAAAUAGACGAAGGUCAUCCUGCUCGCAUCAACAUUAAAGGUGACGAAAUACUUUUUCCCAGCAAGGUAAGGCUUCUCCACUGCUCCGCACACGUUCGAAUGCACGACCUCGAGAAGAUCACUUGCCUUUUUUUUUCUUCUAUAGGGUGUCCAAAGUAUGGGCACAACUUUGUAUAGCGAAAAUACAAUUAGGGUAAUUUGCCAAUUAUUGCACACCACCCAAUUGUUGCACACCGUCUAUAUUUAAGCAAAUUAAGGAACACACGGGAAAUACCGAACGUAGAAUAAUGUUUUAAUGCAAUUAUUGAUCAUUUAUGUAGUAGUUCCAACACUUUAUUUUUUAAUAAAAUCAUAUUAAGAGGUUCUUAAAUGCGAUUUAAAUAAGUUGAUGUACAAAGGCUAAAAAACACCAGCCUGCUUAGCUGAAAUGUUUAAAAUUUCACAUUUCAAAAUAAGCUUUUAUUCGACAUUGAAGUUGUUUUAUCCGUAUUAGUGAUUUGCAGUACAACAAAUGCAUUUACUUCCAGUUAUUUUUCAAUCAUAAUAUGAUUAUUUUGCAAAUAAUAGUUAUUUUAAUCCCCCGUACAAUAAUUGGCUCAAAAAAAAAUCGUCGCUCCUAUUUUAUUGCACAAACCAUAACCACACUUUUUUUACCGUGCGUAGUAGUCUGACAGUUCCGCCGGCGGAGUGUUUGUUUAUCAUUCGUCAGAGAAAACUUUGCUUGGGAAGCUGCCUUGGAAUUUGCCUUCCAGAUAACACCGAUUUUUACUGGAUUUCGACCUGCAUAAUGGAUACACAGAACUAUACUUUGCCGGCUCCCGAUCCUGAACAUUCUGCCCCGCCGCCGUCGAGAAUCCGUAAAAAAUAUACGGAAGGCGCCUUGCAACAAAGCAUAGCUGCGGUAAAAACGAAGGCAAUGACACUAGGGCAGGCUUCCAGCUGCUUCGGAGUACCGAAAUCAACAAUUAAGUUUCGUAUUGGUUCGAAGUGGACGAAAAAACUUCGGAGGGGUCCACAGACUGUGCUUACCCUGCAAGAGGAAAUUAAAUUGGUAAAAAGAAUCCAAGAAAUGGAACGCCGUGGUUUUCCUUGCACGAAGCAUGCUGUCGUGUCCCGAGUAAAAGCUUUUCUCGACGAUAAUCCCCGCAAAACACCGUUCAAGAACAACAAACCAGGUAAAUCACUAUCUCUUAAUUUUAGUAUUGAUAAUGUCAUUUAUGGGUAUAUUUCAGGAUACAAGUGGCUGCAACUGUUCCUUGGCCGGCACAAUCAGCUCUGUAUUCGAAAACCGGAAAACGUCACUAUGGCAAGUGCAACUGUUUCUGAACCGGACAUACGUUCUUGGUUUCAAAAGAUCAUGCAGUAUCUGCGCGCAAACGGAUUGGAGGAUGUUCUUACAGAUCCGCGGCGUAUUCUUAACGGUGACGAAACCGGUUUUCCGUUCGAUCCCGUCACAAAAGCUGUUCUCGCAUCAAAGGGAAACCGUAACGUCUACUUGGUACAGCAGGCUGAUCCCAAGAAGAAUGUAACAGUGCUGUUUACAUUUGAUGCUGACGGAUACAUGUUCCCGCCGGAUACUAUUUUGCCAUACAAGCGAUUGCCAAAGCAGCUCAUAAUGAAUUUUGAUUCUGACUGGGGAAUUGGAAAGUCCGACAAAGGGUGGAUGGACAGCGAAAAUUUCGUUGCCUACAUACAGAAUGUUUUACACCCUUCUCUUGUACGCCGGAAUGUUCCAUUUCCUGUGAUUUACUUUGUUGAUGGCCACUCAUCGCAUACGGGAUAUGAGGCAGCAGAGCUUUGUGCCAGCCUUGGUAUUAUCCUUAUCGCGCUUUAUCCUAAUGCCACGCAUAUAAUGCAACCAGCGGAUGUUGCUAUCUUCAAACCGUUAAAAAACAGCUGGAGCCGAUGCGUCGAAGAUUGGAACUGGCGGAAUAAGGAUAAGCUAUUUACCAUAGACGAGUUUCCGGGAGUACUGAAAGCAGCGAUUAAUGAAGGUAUUUCACCGUCCACCGUACGAUCUGGAUUUCGUAAGAGCGGACUGUAUCCAUUCGACGCCGAUGCUAUUGAUUACGCUCGAUGUCUUUCCAACGGUACACAAGAUUCUAGCAGCUGUACGGAGCAAAAUGAUCUAGCACUAAGUGAAACUGUACCCAUUGAUUUGGCUAAAAUUAAAGGAGCCCUCAAACUGGUGAAUGCUACUCCAAUCAAAUCGUAUGUUGGCGAAAAUGAAUCAACUGUUACAGAUGCAUCAGAGAAAGCUCUUCUGUACAUCUACAAAUCAAUUCUUUCGGAAUUUGAUGUGGAUCGCCAUGACAACGUUCUAGCGUACGAGGCUCCUGAACCAGCAGAGCCAUUGAGAGACCUACCAUCUCCUGCAUUCGACGAUGCGGUACUGGGCCUUGGAAAUGCAGUGGUCAGUAACCCUACCGAGGACAACGUGCACCACAUCUCUCCAACUUGCGUUCCAAUUGAAACAGUCGAUGACUGGAGUACCUUCGAAGCCUCUGUUAUCACUUACGAAGUUGAGCCAAUUCCUCAAUGUUCUUCUACACCGGAACAAAGUGAUGUAAAUGUCGUGAUUGUACAACCUGUAGAUUCGUUUGAGUCGACAACAGUAUCCCACAAAGGUGUACUGAAAGAAAUAGUUGAUAAUGAGAAACCCAACCGCAGAACCAGUAUUUCAACAUUUUUCAAACUUCCUCCAACACCAAAACGUAAAAAUGUUAAACGAAACUACAAAAGUAAACGACACUUUGUUCUCACGUCUUCGGAACGCUUGAGGGAGUUGGAGGAAAAAGAAGCAGAGAAGCAGCGUCUUACCCUUGAAAAAGAGUCGAAGCUUAAAGAACGUGCCAUUAAGAAGAAUUUGAAAGAACAAGAGAGACAAGAGCGCCAGAAUUUGAAAGAGCAGAAAAGAAAGGAACGUGAAGCAGAUCUACAACUCAAAGAGGAAUCGAAGAGAUUGGCUCAACUGAAUCGCAAAUCGGUGAAAUCCAAUCCACGGAAAACGUCUCGAAAACGUAUGAAGUUUGGGGAUGAAAAUACCGAGCAAUAAUGUUAAUUUUGAAGUAUUUUGUAUCACAUAUAGUUGAAAUAACAGAGAAUAAAUCGAAUCUAAGAAAUGUUGAAUGAUCACUCAAUUAUUAUGGAAAUAGGUGCCAAAGGAUGUAAGUAACAAUUUGAUGUGAUGGAAAAAUGUUGAAAACUUUAAGCCUCGUAUCGUCCAUCACUUAAACCCCUUUGCUUCUAAACCUUUCACAUUACUAAGACCGUUCGCAAUGCUGUUUUAUUUUGUAUGACGAGUUUUAAAAUUUUUAAAACUCGCCAUACAAAAUAAAACAGCAUUGCGAACGGACUAAAACAGGAUCGGAAACUUUUAUUCGUUUAACUGUUCAAUAAUUGGUAAGAAGGUGCAACAAUUGGAUGAAUCAACAGCAACUGUGCAAUAAUUGGAUUAUGGGUGUGCAACAAUAGGAUUUGCAGGUUAUGACAGUGUGCAAUAAUUGGGUUUUGAAGCGCUGUUAAUAAAUCAUUUUUUAUUCAGUCAAAAAUUUAAUUUACGCAUAAACUUCUUAUACAAUGCAUUGUUUGGUUAUUAAAUGAAAAUUCAAGCACCAAACCAAUGUAAAAUUUUCAGAACUGUAUCUGAAAAAUACAAAAUACUUUGGCCUUGUCCUUAACCGUGCAAUAAUUGGCAAAUUACCCUAUUUUCUUAACAAACAACAAUUUUUAAAUUUUUGUAUUUUUAUUCAAGGUAUUUUAAUUGAUACCUGUAAAGAGUUUAUGCAUUAAAAAGGGUUUUUGUAUGCAGAAUGUUUAAAAUGAAAAAACAUCUUUCAAAACCUCUGCACAAACUACAUUUUUACGGUUUGGCCAAAUAUUCAAAUUCGAAACAUUUUUUUCGAUUUUUUUUUCACAUGAUAUAUUCGAAAACAUGUUUCCUCAGAUGGUUGAUUUAAUUUUUUAAUAAAAAUAUGUUUUGCCUGUGCGUACGGGUAUUUCUGAAUUUUGAGAAAACUGGAAAUUUCGCCUUAUCUAUUUCUGGAUAAGACAUGCCCACAGACAUUCGAGUUUUUAAACAUGUUUUAACGAGAAUAAAAAUAAUUCAAUCUACACUUUAUAAAGCUGGAGCAUUUAUUUUACUUAUAGUGAAACUAAAAUGUGAUUUUCUGCAUGUUGUGAUAUAUAUUAAGAAGCUUGAUUUCAUCUAUUAGAAAAACGGGUUUUAAAAAAUAUCGAUUUUGGUGUUUAAGUUCAUUUUUCAGAUUCAAAAGUAUAUGUUUUCAAUUCAAACUAAGAGUUGUAUAAUAGAUACGCAUAUGGAAAUACACGGACAUAUUUUUUGAAAUUUUUAUCGAGCUUAAUUUCAUGCGUAGGAAACAAUUUGUUAAGCGAUGAUAUUGAAAAAUAUAGCAAUUUGUGCAGAAGCUUUAAAAGGUCUUUUAGGGAAUGUUCUACCGCUUUCAAACGAAGUGUUAAAUGCAAAUUUCAAUGAUUGGCAUUUGAUGUUAAUAUAUCAAGGUAGGAUAUGUGUGAAAAUAAAGUUUGUUUAUGCACCCAUUCCCAAAUGGCUGAGCUGCAAAGUUGUGCCCAUACUUUCUGGGACACCCUAUAAACCAUAGGGGGAAAAAUCUGCUCAACAAACACCCUAACAGGAAGGUUAGGGUAGUGUGGGGUUAAGGCCGUCUUCUACAACAGUAGAAAAAGCCAGGACUACUCUCUUCUCGACCCACUAAAACACAUUCUUAUGGUCGCCAAACCCUUCGUCUCUCCGGAACCACCAAGAAGGCAUUGCUUCAGAGAGGGGCUAGUGCACAUCGCACCCUCAAGGUUAGCUGCGUAGCCUGCAGCAACGAACAUCGAUGACUCGCUUUGGAGAGUCCAUCACGGUAGCAUGCUGGCGCUUAGCCAGUUUCCCGAGUGGUCCUCACCACUCCCUUUGUCCUCGGAAGGCGGGCAGGGUUCGCUUGCCCUUGUACCACCGGAUUUGAACGGCUAAUGCUUCGCCUUGAUGCAAGGGACACAGAGUGAUAUCAUCCCGCUUGAGAUGUUCAUGUCGACCACCAUACCAGGUAAUUGCUUCACGCUGUCCACAUUAAGGUGCCCCAGUCACUGAUGCCAAACCUCCAGACUGGUGGCUGGUCGUGCUACACACGCACUGGUUUGACCAACCUGGUUCAGUUGGUGGUGGAGGCCGUCCUUCUCGCGGCCCGUGGCGAUAACUUCUCCCGUUGCUUCGUCCUUGAACAUACACAAUUUCCUCGAGAAUGUUACGCAAUAGCCCUUCUUGUAGAUGCGACUCACAGUAAGAAGAUUUACUGCGAGGUCUGGAACACAGAGCACGUUAGAAAUAUCUAGUCUACAGCAGUCACCUUCCAUAUCAGCAUCCAGCUCGACGGUCCCCGUGGCCACAACCGGUAUCUCGGAAGCGUCUGCCACAAAAAUGGACUGUGACACUUGCUUGGUGCCACCUACAACACUCUCGUCUUUGCACAUGUGGUCUCCGGCUCCAGAGUCCAAUAUCCACUCGUCCAGGGAGUUCCACUUCUUACACGCCAAGAGUGCUUUCUUUUUCGUGCUCGGGAAUGCUUCUCGUUCUUCGUCGUAGACUUCUGCGGACACUCCCAAGCGUAGUGCCCAAGCUUUUCAUACUUAAAGCACCUCAUGACCGACUUGUCCUUCUUCCUGUUACCUUGCUUCGAACCAGUCACCAAUCGCUAACGCUCCACUUGGACCGCCAGUCCUUGUGCUGGAUUCGAUCGUCACGUCCUGGAGCAUCUUCGACUUCACCCAGUCUGCCGAUAUCUGAUGCGUCCAUUCCCAUGACCAUCGGCUCGUAUCGUUUCGGCAACCCCAUCAUAAGGAUCGUCGACAUCCAUUUGGGGGAAACCGAUCUCCUGCAGCUUCUGGCUUGUGGUCAAAAUUUCUUCCACGUAUUCCUCCACGGAAGAACAGUCCUCGAGUUCCAACCGCAUCAACUUCCACAGUAGGCUAAUCUUUCGAAAAUUUUCGCUCUCCUGGAAGGCGAUCCGAAGGCUGUGCCAAGCUUCUUUGGCUAACCCGUACAGCCAAAGAAGGCCAUAAUAUAAUUAUACUUCCCGAUACUGAGGCAAAUUGUCGCCUAGACACGGUUCGACAAAUCCUCGCUGAUCUGUACGUCGUCUAGGGAAUUCACAGCUCGCCAGGUUCCCUCCAUGAUCAUCACCAUCCGCAUUCCGAACGCUUACGCAGCGUAGACGUCACGGCCCUUCUGCUUCUCCAGGGAUUCUUUAUUACACCACCAAACCUAACCUCAAAAUGAUUGACAAUUCUCAGGUCAUUUUGACAGAUCACACACAUGCACGAAGAAGACAAAAAUAUCUACUACUUUACUGGCCUUGUUGUCGCCCUCUUCAUGUUCGUUUACACUUGUCAAAAUGACCUGAGAAUUCCGGACCAACAAUUGAAAAGGCCGCAACAACAUUGCGUAAACAAACACAUUUCUGUCGACUUAGGGCCUUCUGGGAUCCACCCACGCAUCUCACCACCAUCAACAGAAAGCUUGAUGUGUGCGCUUUCUGUUAGUGGUGGUGAGGGUGGAGUUCAAAAGGCCUCAAGUCGACAGAAACAUGUUUGUUUACAAAAUGUUGAUGCGGCCUUUUCAAUUGUUGGUCCGGAAUUGUCAGUCAUUUUGAGGUUAGGUUCGUUAGUGUAAUAAAUAAAGAAUUGAUGAGACCAGUUCCUAGUUUCCCCCGGGGGCAUUUCCUUUCGGCCACCGGAACCGACAGCUUGAGCAGGACCGUUUGGCUGGUGGUGGCAGGAACCCUUCUCCAGAUCUUCUCACGGACAUGCUUCAGAUGAAAUUAACUUGCAGACUUCUUGUCACUUUUCGGCUUGUUUGGCCGGUUGCUAGGCUACACCAGUCGGUAAGAGCUAUCCUGGACUGAAAAGCGUCUGACCAGGUGUAGUGACUAUCUAGAAUGAUUUAUUGAGGGGAUAUAAAUUCAAUGCUUACUAUGUUAACAGAUCGCAGUAAAACAGUCCGAAAGUUUUGAUUUGAAUCCUUUGCACCAAUUUCCACCAUUUGCACCGCAUCUACCAGAGCAAACAUAGUUGAAUGAGUGAUAAUAAACAGAUUGUUUCCAUACAAUUUGUGGGAAUGUUGAUGCACGUUAUAUGAGUGUUUGUGUAGGUAUGUUAGUUGUUUCUGUGUGUGUGUGUGUGUGUGUGUCACGACAAGGAUACUGGAGAGAGAGAAGGAAACAGGACGCAAUAGACACAUAUUUCUUCUAAAGGCCACUUUUGUCAAUCAGCCUAACAUUACGUUCCGCGCUUUUAAAUGUGUGCUUUUCCAUCUAUUGAAUAUCAUUCAUUCGAAGCAUCAUUUUUGUUUGUUUUUUUUUUAUGUGCAAUGCUAUUUCCGAUUCGUUUGUUUCUAACCUCAAUCGAUCAGUCUCUGUUUCGUAGUUGUUCUUACUGAGAAAAUAAAAGUAAUUCGAUAAUGUGUUAACAAUCUGUUGAGUUUUUUUUUCACUUAAUAGAAUGAUAUAAUGAUUAGUAUUUCAAUCUGUACACUGAAACAAAUUCGGAAAUAUCACAUUCAAGUAGUUUUCCAUUAUUUGUAGUUUAGUUUGGAGAAAAACAAUUAAAAAGUUCGUAUCUGCUUCACCUGACUUGAUCGAUUUCUGCACUGCUUUUUUUUUCCCCUUCAACAUUCCCUCAGUUGUUUCAAGUUUGUAACGUUAUAGCUGAUUUGUUUUUUUUUCUUUUGCGUGUUUUAUGCUCUGUCUUGCAAUCUCUAAACUUGAUUAAUUGAUUAUCGAUAUUGUCUUAUACAUGUGUGCACUUUUACAAUUGUUAUUUCGCCAGUUUUCUUCUUUUUUUUCAAAUAAAACUUAAAUCCAAAUUUAAUAGUUUCGGUAUGAUGUAAGGUGAUGUGAUGACGUGGAAGUGAUGAUGAUGGUUGGUGAUGAAAAUAAUGUUCCCUGAAAAAAGAAAGACACAUGAGAUGUUAAGGAACUUAUUUGAAGCCAACAUAAAUAGGAAGCUAUGAUGUACGUACGUUUCCCAACAAAAAAGCGUCUGUCUGAUGCAUAAACUUGAAACAAUAACUAUGAAAACAAUCACGGUAAACAGUCCAAUGGUUUUGUAUUCUUACUUUGCACUGGUGCAAUCAACUAACAAUAAACUGUUUCGUUUUUUUUUUUGUUCAACUAUUUUCUUCUGUGUAACACAUUAGUACGCGCGCUACAUCAAAGGUUCACUGCAGUUUUGCGUUUUGAGAAAUUCUAGUUUCUUUCCGAUUCAAUAUGGCAUGGCCAACAACAACAAUAUAUGGUAAUAUAUUUUUCUUUAUUUUUUGUUUUUAUUUUCUUUUGCCGUUUUUUGUAUUAAAUAUAUAGACCUCAGUUUUGUUGGUUUUCUCUGUUUUUUUCUUUGUUCGGUAAUUUUCAUCUACUACUUUUUAGGGAAUCAUUUUGCAGCAACAACUUUUUUCUGGUUUAUUUUUAUUACAUAUUUAAAUUCAUUUAGUUUACUAUUUUUUUUUCUACUGGACUUGAUCCAGAUUUCACUGAAUUUUCGGUUGUCUAGUUCAGAGGGAGUGACUUUUUCGUUUCUGGUGAACAGUGCCCUUUUUUAGGAAGGGUUUCGUUAAUAUAGUGUUAGUUGGGCUGGCGGGUAUAAAAAAGAAAUGAUACUGGAUACCAACCUUUGUUUGCAGCAUUCCUUGGACAGCAUCUUGCGGAAGCGGUUAAACGAAUAAUGUAAUGAAUUACAAAAAAAAAAUGCCUUGAAACAUGAAAAUAAUGAACCUGCAGUAAAAAUACUAGAGAACGAUCUUGUAUUAAAAUGUAAUAGAAAAACUAUGUUUGCUUUCAAGAAAUCUGAUUAAUUUAUUUGCUCUUAGGGAUUUCUCCAAGCAGUUCUGCAGGACUUCAGGAAAGAAAUCUUCGACAACUGUUUAAGACCAUUCUGGAAACAAUCCACCAGAAGCUCUUGGAUCUAUCCAACAAUGAAGUCAUGGACGAGUCUUAGAAAGAACUCACAAAAGAAAUCCCUGCUGGAAUCCCAGGAGAAACUGCUGCAGGAACCCUAGAAGAAACUUCUGGAGAAAUUCCUUAACGAUUCUCUGAACGAUUUCCUCGAAGAAUGCCAGAAGAAACUCCUGAUGGAAAACUUUUGGAGGAAUCCAAGGAAGAACUAUUCGGGGAACUCCUCGAGAAAUCGUAGAAGCCAUUGCUGGAAGUAUUUAAAAUAAUCUAUAACCUUUAGACCCAAAAAUCGUAGAAGAAACUUCCUCAGGCAUAGCAACAGAUUUUUUAAAGAAAUUUCAUAAAAUUAUUCACCUGAAAGAAUUCCAGAGGUAACAAAAAAGAACCCAAACAUAAUUUUAGAAGAAACUCUUGCAGGAAUCAAAGAUGGAAAUUCUCGGUGGAACUCCUGAGGGAAAUCAAGUAAUGAAAUCCAGAAGGAACCGUUGUAAUUCAGGAAUCCGGGAGAUACCUAUGUUUAGGGCAGCAGGGACAGGAGUCCAGGGGCUUGACGAAACCUCCCCCCCCCCUUCUACGAGUCAGGUAGGAGCCUAGGAUUCUUUCCUAAGCGAACCAUAUCCACACAACAGUGGGACUUACCACCUAUGGCACCGGGAGGUGACUGAGCACCGGGGCAUACGAAUAGCUCAAGCGGAGUAAGCCUAGGCGUGGCGAUAGCCCAGCAGUGGGCUCUGCUGGGCCUCUUCAGAAAUUUCGUACAUCCGGAAGCAACUCUGGUACAAGCGACAUGGCACUGCUUCCUAAGUAUCACAGCCCAGCUAGGAGUGCCUCGGACGCCGGUAAGUUCUUGAUUACGGCAUACUGGUCUUGCUUUGUAAUUGGUAACUGAGAGGGUACACGCUUAGGUAAUUAAACUACGCACAAGUGAGCUGGUAGCGACGGCAUUCUAUCCUUUUAGUAAGGUCGGUGACACUGACUUGAAACGGCGGAUGGGCUAAUGUCGGCGCUGUGUUCCGUCCCAUAAAACCGUGGCGUGACCUUAAAGUAAAAAAAAGACAAUUAAAAAAGACAAUUACACCGUCUUCGACCUUGCGGCCUCUACAGACUGAACAUUACAAACAUUUGACAACGGACAACACAUAUAACACCCAGUGGCCCAGUGGAGAAUUUUCGACGAAAAGUUUUCCCCGACUGGAGCGGGAAUCGAACCCACACUUCGAGGCUUACGAGACACCUAAACGACUGCCGCCGCUAACCAAGCCCACAAGUACGUUUCUGACCUGUACCCAGCUUCAGUAGGUCGGCUCCAGAGGCACGUUCUCCUCCAUUUGGGAAAUUUGUACCAUGUACCUGUACCAUGUGCCUGUACCCAGCUUACGCAACUAACUGGGUGGAAGUAGGUUCAGAUGAACACUCCUGGUAAGCGCUGAUCAGGCUCUGAGUUCAGUACCCAUAAGGGCCUGGGCUAAGCCUUGAGUGACCUCCUUGAUUGCAUAGAUAACCACCCGUAUCAUUGGCAGUGAGAGAUAGCGGCCAGAGAGGAAAUGACGACUACUACUAAAUCCAUGAACAACAAUGUGAUCGACACUGGAGAGGCAGAGGGGACGGCGUUCAACUCGUUCGCGUAAGGAGGACUGGCGAGAUCGCCACUACGAGGGGCCGGUAUACCCACCAACGAGCAGAUGGUAGGAGGUUGAACAGGAGGAGCUGGACGAGCUGAAGGAGGAGCGGUCCACCCAAACGGAUAGCUUCCUCUUUGCUGGCAACGCGACGAUGCAGCAGGAAACCAUGCAUCUCGCCGGAGCCGUAGCGGAGAGGUCAAAACGCCCUACGGCUCGAGUUGCGUGGUCGAAACCUGCAGAGAAGACGCGGUCCAAGAAGUGUCCGGCAGAGACGGACGAAAAGCCAAAGAGGAAGAAGGAGACGGCCAGCGCGAGUAACCAGACUGCCAAGCCGGUUGCGAAAAGCGCAAGGGGCAGGGCAAGCCCCAAUAGGCCAUCCCCAAGAGGAAGGGUGGCCAACCGGACCAAGAGAAGGAGAACCCUUGGAUUACGGUUGGAAAGAAGAAGGUAUGUAAUAAGAAAAGUGAAGUCAGACCGCAAACGCGACGCGCUGGUCUUCAAAACCGAGACAGACACGUACGCCGAGGUGCUGAGGGCCAUGGGAGGGGAUAAUCGUCUCUCACCGCUAGAUGCGGAUAUAAAAAAGCAUCCGGUGCACCAAGACUGGAAAUAUGAUGCUAGUGCUGAAGAAGGUGGCUAAGAAAGGCACCUCCUACGAAAAACUAGCUCAAGGGGUAUUGGGCGAAAAAGCGCAGGUAAGAGCCCUAACGGCGGAGGCGAUUAUCCAGUGUAAAACCUGGACGAGAUCACUGACGCAGAAGAGCUCGCAGCCGCACUUAAACAGCAGUGCGAGAUAGAUGCACCAAGGAGGUGAACGAGUCGGCUAGAUCAAGGUAGGCUGGUCAGUGUGCCCGCUCAGCAUAUACGAGCCGCCAAUGUCGUGCUUCAAGUGCUUUGAGCUAGGACAUAAGUCGUGGGCGUGUAAAGGCCCCGACAGGAGCAAACUCUGCAGGAAGUGUGGAGUGGAAAGCCACAUCGCCAGGGAGUGCAACUCGGCUCGGCAUCAAAAUGCCUGAUUUGAACGGCGAACAAGGGUCAUACGACGGGCGGGCCUAAAUGUCGAGGAGGUCGAACCGACCGUCAGUCUCGGAGUCAAGUACAGACAUCGUCCAACUAUCGGACCCAUGCCGCAUCCCUCCCGAUAACGGGAACUGGGAAGCGGAUAAGGCCAAGCUUGCGACGAUCUGUAUAACUAGUAGGGACAUAAUUUCCACGGCGCACGAGGGCUUCGCAAUAGCGAAGAUCAACGGGAUGUACUACUGCAGUUGUUAUGCCCCUCCCAGGUGAUCGAUAGACCAGUUCUCAUCUAUGCUGGAUUCGCUAUCAAGCGCACUAGCGGGAUUGAUUCCCGUGGUAAUCGGUGGAGACUUCAACGCCUGGGCGAUUGAGUGGGGUAGCCGCUUGACUAACGCGAGAGGCUGGGCUGUACUCGAAGCCAUGGCUAGACUGAACGUGAAUGUCGCGAACGUAGGCCAGAGGAAACCCUACAGUAGGAACGGUGCAGAAUCCAUCAUUGAAGUGACCUUCUGGAGCUCGGGUUUAAACCCUAGCUCAAACUGGAGGGUCGACAAUGAAUACACGUACAAUGACCAUCUGGCGAUUCGAUACAGGGUGGAAUACGGAGGAAGACAGUCACAUUCGAAGGUCAUCGGCCUUCAUCGGGGAUAGCUGACCUCAAGAUUUGAUACGCCACCAUUGGUGGAGCGAUUGCUUAUGGAGGGCAACACCGACGAUCAAUCCAGCGAUGUUCCAGUCGGAACUCAGCCGUGCAUCUGACGCCGGGCCACAAUGCUAAAGGGAUACAUAUCCAGAAAUGGACGCAAACCGGUAUACUGGUGGUGUCCAGAAAUUGCAGAACUCCACGCAUCCAGCCUAAGAGCUGGAAGGAGAAUGCAAGGAGGUCGCACCAGUAAGGGUAGAAUGGAGCGAAGUGAGGCCUACAGGGCGGCUAAACUGGCACUGAACAAUAGGACUAAGGCACGCAAGCGGGCGUGCUUCGAAAAUCUCUGCCAGGCAGCCAACACGAGCCAUUGGGCUGAUGUCUACAGAGUAGUCAUGGAUAGCAAGAAGGGCGCGUCAGCACCCCCAGAACGAUCCCCCGAGAUGCUGCGGAAGAUCGUGCAAACGUUGUUCCCGCGCCACGAUAUAAGACCAUUGGCCCCCGAUCCCUAUGGCCAAAGCGAGUUCGCCCCGGUGACUAAUGACGAGUUCAUCGCAAUAUUGUCAGAUGUCUUGAAACGUAAACACCGCGCGGUCGUUGAAAUGUUUCAAAAAGGGCUUUGCACAAAAGUUCACGCGGUCUAUCGUUAUAGAAAGGAACAGCAAAUGUUAAAUGAAAGAAACGCCGCAACGUUAUUUUCCAUAAGGAUGAAGUAAACAGGGAGUGAAAACCGCGGCUGUACCUUUCGGAAGCAAUAGGCCGCGUGCACUUUUGUGCAAAUCCCUCAAUAGCGAAGUCGCUUAAGUUGGACAAGGGUUUUGGACGGUAUCCCGACAGUAGUCAUCCAGGCCAGCCUUGACAUGUUUAGAAUGGCUAUGCAGAUGUCGCUGAAGUCUGGACAGACUUGAAUUUCCGGAGAGGUGGAAAAAGCAAGGAUUGGUUCUGUUGCACAAACCCAGGAAGCCACCUGGCGACCUCUCGGCGUACAGACCUAUCUGAUACCUUCCGGACACCGCUGGAAAACUGUUGGAAUGGAUCUGUCGAGACUUAUGGUCUUAUGGUCUAAACUCGAUGACUCUGGCUUCUCGAAUAACCAGAUCCGAGAGGCUCGAUCGACGGUGGACGCUAUUAGGGUUGUAACCAAAACGGCCGAGAUAGCGCUCGAAAUAAGCGAACGGGAAUCCACUAUUGCGCAGUCGUGGCACGCUGGACGUAAAAUAUGCGUUCAGGUUCAACAGCGUUAGCUGGGUCGCUAUCGAAUUCGCCGUACAUCACAUAGGAGUCCCGGUUAGCCUAUGCCGGAUAUUGGAGAGCUAUUUCUAGAGUAGGGGGCUAGUCUAUGACCCCGAGAAAGGCGAGAGGAGCUACAACAUCAUCGCAGAAGGUACCUCAGGGGUCCUUUCUGGGCCCGAUAUUAUGGAACGCGGCGUAUGAUGGCGUAUUGAGACUCAAACAUCUACCGGGCGUAAAGCUGGUCGGCUUUGCCGAUGAUAUUACUCUCGUGGUAUAUGGCGAGUCGAUAGAGGAUGUGGCACUCGCACACCGCAAAACGGAGGAGAUGGUGAUAAACAACCGCAAGUCUGAACAACAGGCAGUGGUCAACACAGGCGGAUGCACGAUCAACUCUAAGCGUUCACUGAAGCAAUUGGGGGUCAUGAUAGACGACAAGCUGAAAUUCGGAAGCCACGUAGAAUAUGCCUGCAAAAGGGCAAGCAUGGCGAUAAUGACACUGUCAAAGAUAAUGUCAAAUAGCUCGGCAAUAGUCUCGAGUAAGUGUGGCAGAGGAUGAAGAGUGCUUCGAGCGACGCGGCAUAAGAGGUGUGCGAGGCGGAUCACCAGUAGUACAUCGUCUAUGCUGAAGUGGCAGAGUAAAUGGGAUUCCUUCAGUAAGGGUAGAUGGACACACAGGCUUAUACCGAGCGUGUCUGAAUGGACGACUAGGCGCCAUGGAGAGGUGAAUUUUCACGUCACACAAUGUCCGGAAAGCGUAGACUGCGUCGAGACCGCGGAGCAUGUCAUCUCUGAAUGCUCACGCUUCGCGGAGCUAAGGUCGAGUAUGCAGGAGAUAUGCGGUAGAGAUAUCAAUCCGGACAACAUUGUCGUGGACUAAAGACACUCUAUGCAAAGACACGAAAUGUUCCAAUUGGAAUUCCAAAUUUGCUGUCAAUGUUAUUCCAAUCGAGUAGGAGACCUGUCAAACGCGCUUUAAAAGCAUUGCUCGACAGCAUCAUCGUCAUGGCGCGACAAUCAUCAUCAACAGCAACAAUCAUCAGAUUUCGUGUCUUUAGCAUACAGUGUCUUUAUUGUGGACAAGUGGGAUACCAUUACUUUCACAAUCUCCCGAAUCGUACUUGAUACUAUAUACAGAGAAAAUGGAGGAUCGACCAACAGCAAGUUGAGUUGGGGCAAUCUUUAAUCAUCAAUCUAAACAAAUUGUAAUAACUCUGUUAACUCUGUGAGCAGUACCGGGAAAACCUCUGAAAGAAAUCCUUGGAAAACCUGGAAGGAAUCUUCUGCAGAAAGAGAGACGAACCAGCCAAGGGCUGAAAGUCUCUAUAAUAUAGCUAAAUUAAAUCAAUUAGCAUGGCAUAGCAUAGCAUAGCCGACCGUACACAUCCUGGGGUGGUUGUCGAUAGAGACGCGCCAGAAAAGUUGCCUGGGAUUUGACAAACCUUUCAUUUAACGAACUCUCGAUGCUUGGCCAGGUCCUUACGAUCAGCGGGGAUGGGGAGGAAAUGUUGAUUAGAUAUCUACUCAGAAUAUGUCCAAGAACUUGACCCACUUCAUAGAUAUCUGGAGUUGGAAAUUGGAUAGGGUUGAAUGGAAUGCCCUGAUUCUCUAUAAUAUAGCUAAAUAAAAUGAAUUCUGCAGAAAAAAACUGAAUAAAUUGUGAAAGGAACUCUAGUAGAAAUCCCUGGAAUAACUCUGGAAGAAAAGCCCGAAAACAGCAGAAACUCCUUGAGAAACUCCAGACAGGAUAAAUCCGGAAAGAAUCUUUAAAAUAUCGCUGGAAAGAAAUCCCUCAGCAUCUCCAUGAUAAAUACCGAGAAACCCUGGAAAGAAUAUCAGUAGGAAUCCCAAAGAAUACAAAGAAAAAUGCCGUGAAAAAAUACGGAACGAAACUUGUGAGAAAUAUUGGUAGACAUUUUAAGAUACCGUAAACCGGGGUCAAAUUGAUCUUCGGGUCGAAAUUGAUCAGACGUUUUUCCGUUAGAAAAAGCAUAUUUUUUAAUGUUUCUUUUUAAGUAUCGUGCUGUCGGAAUCUGACACUCAAUGCUUUUUGUAAGGAAACUAGGCAAAAAAUGCUUUAUCUAUUUGAAAAACGACUGAUCAAUUUCAACCCGGAGAUCAAUUUGACCCCGGUUUACGGUACUUUCUUUUUUUCAGCAUCUUAUUAGAGUCAUCGGCAUACCGGAAAUGUCCCCUCAAUUGCCACAAUUUCUCCUGGAAGUUUAUCCAGAGUUUCGCUCUGAAUUUCUCCUACAGUUACUCUCGAUAUUUGGAGCAGGGUUGUAAAAUGUCACGGAAACGUCAUGAAAAAAAUAUCAUGACAUUUUCCAAUUCUAAUGCAAAUUGCCAUCCGUAAACACAAACCUUCAAUAGUGUUGAUUGGUUAUAGCGGAAGAACGAUAUCGUCGAUGAACAUUUCUUGCUGGAGGCAGUGAUAUAAGCAAACAACCAAAUGACAUUUUUUGGCAUUUUACAACCCUUUUUGAACUUUUUGGAGAGGUGUUUCUGAGAUUGAUCGUAGAGUUACCCUCAGAGAUUCAACGGGAGUUUCUCGCGGGAUUUCUCUCAGUGAUCCUCAAGCCUAUUUUUUUCAAUUGGCUGGAUCCUAACAUCAAGACAAAGUCGUAGAACUUUCAACCAGUCAUUCCUGAUUAUUUGUGGUGUAGAACAACUUUCAUAAGAUAAAUUGGAAAUAAUUUCACGACAACAGGGAAAACCAGCCAUCAGGUGCAGCCCGCGGGCCGCACUUUGAUGACCACGGAGUUAAGUACUCUGUAUCUCUCCCGGAGUUCAUCGUGGAUUUUCUACAGAAGUUUUCUUGGGGUUCUCGCCAGUGUUUCUCAACUGAUUUCUGUAGACUAAUUCCUGCUGCGACACUUGUAGAGGUUUAUACCGAAAUUUAUCGCGGAGUGACUUCCUUAAUUAAUCUUGGAAUAUCUCCAGCAAUUUCUCACGGGGUUUUCUCGGAAUGGCUUCCAGAGUUGCUCACGAAAUUUGUUCUGGAGGUCCUUACGAGAUUUUCCCGGAGAUAAUUUUGUGACUUCUUGUGCAAGUUUUCCGAGACUGCUUUAAGAUAGUUGCUCCUGAGUUGUUUGUGGGAUUCACCAAGUUUGUCCCGAAAUUUCUACAGGAGUGUCUCGUGAAAUAGUUUCUAGAGAUUUCCUGAGAUUUCUGUAGAAUUUCGCGUGACUUCUACAAAAGUUCCUCCAGGAAUAUCUGUCAGAGAGUUUCCAGGGAUUUUUCUUGGAGUUCCUCCCAGAAUUUCUUUUCAAGGUUUUUCCGCAGUUGCUAUCAGAGUUCACUGCGUGAUAAAAAUUUCCUUCCGGAUUCUGGUAUUUCCCAAAGUUUUUGUCGGGAUUUUUUUUCCGCAUUCAGGAUUCAGUGCAAAGUUUCUUCAAGAAUUCCUACCGGAGCUCUUCCUGGGAUUUCUUCACAAGUUACUCCCGGGAUUUCUCCCGGAUACUUUUGGAAUGUUUCAUGCAGAGUUGUUCUCGGAUUUUUCCUGAUAUUUCCUCUCAGGAUUACUACUAGAAAUUCUCCCGGAAUAAACCAGUUUUUUCCUAAGACGUUCUCUAAAUUCUCCAGGAGAAGAGCGUUUCGGGUGUUUACGGGUUAGAAAGGGUAUGUAAAGGUUGAGAAAAAUUGCUGUAAAUUCAACAAUAAAAAAACAGAACACAAGAACAAAUAGAUACAAAAAAACAAUUAUCAGCUAACUAAAACAACAGCAAGAACGAAAGAAUACACAACGAUCCAAAUGAUUCUUCAACGAAAGGUCAAAAUAACGAAAGAACAAACAAAAAAGUGUAACUCAUGUGUGAUUGGUACGAACUUUGUUGCAGUUUGUUAUUACAUUAGAACUUCUUCUUCUUCUACAUCUGUCUGCACAGUUAUCUUCUCCUGCUUCUUUGAUUCUACGUAUGUUUCAGUUUACUUCUUUUUUCUGAUUUUUUCCGUUCACAACUUUUUUGUUUCCCGCAUUUUUUUUUUCGGGGAGUCUACUCUUAAAACCUUCUAACAAGAAACGCGAAACCCGCACAAAAAUUGUGUGUAAUUGUGUAGUAGUAAACUAAAUAAACAACAAUAAUAGCUUUUUUUUUUUUAAUUUAUGAAAUAAUAAUAGAUAAUAGAAAUGUGGGAGAAUGGGAAGAAAA